GCUGGGUUCAGGGUUCGGCAGGACAGAUACGCAUUCGAAAUGAAUCUGACGCGGCCUUUGCUCCUCCUGGCCAUUUGCUCGGUUUUGGUCGCCGUCGUUCAGUCGGAGGCCGAGCCCUUUAAGUUCAAGAAAAAGAAGGGCGGCUUCGUGGGAGUCAGAUACCAGCCCGUUCACGUCGUCCGACGACCCGUCUACCAUCGUCCAAGUUAUGGGCACGGAGGAUUCCACCAAUCUUCCUUCGGUCACAAAGGCUUUGGGCGCCCAAGCUAUGGGCACGGAGGAUUCCACCAAUCUUCCUUCGGUCACAAAGGCUUUGGGCGCCCAAGCUAUGGGCACGGAGGAUUCCACCAAAAGGGAUUCGGGCGCCCUAGCUAUGGAGGGUACCACCACCAAUCAUCGCCUGACCACGGAGGGUAUGGACGGCCGAGCCAUGGUGGACACCAACAAAUUUCCUUUGGCCACGGAGGGUUCAGUAGCCCCAGUUAUGGCCACGGUGGAUACCAACAGUCCAGCUACGGACAUGGUUGGUAAACUGAUAAUGAAAGUGAUUUUACAACCAUAAUAUGGUGACAAAAGUCACUUUUUAUGUUAUCCCUCAUAAUGUUCGAAUUCCGGAAAGAAAAGUUUUGGUAUACUUUGAUUAAGUAAAAUAUAAUUCUA